AUGGUGAGUAUCCUGGUGCCCAGUCGGGCCAUGUCUUCGGGCCAAAAUUGCCAUCAUACCACAGCUUCGAUGUCGCAUAGACUGCUGAUCCACCUUUGCAUCACCUUUGGUCCAUCUCACAUCAGUCCGCUCAGCAGUCUCAAGGCAUUCAGACGCUUUUGGAGGCGGAGAAGGAGGCUGCCAAGAUCGUUGCAAAGGCGCGGACUUGUGAGUAGCAGGUGGACAGCCUCACUUGAUGGAGAGAGCACCAAUGGUAUCUGCAUAUACUAGUCAGAGAUGCGUCAAGAGGGGCGGCGUUGUGUAGCUGUCCUCAAUCGCCAGGAUCUGGUUCUGCGAUCGGUGCUCUGAUCUAAUUUGCGGCACAUUAUUGCUUUGCUGAAAUGGGACUCGGCAUCAUCCCUUCAGAUCGCACACAGAAAAUCAAGGAUGCUCGUAGUGAGGCUGCCAAGGAGAUCGAGGAGCUCAAAGCUACCAAGGAAGCAGAGUUCAAACAGACUCAGAAGGAGGUGAGCAACGAAGCGAGCAAGUCGGCCGAUUCGAAAGGCUACCAGCAGUCUCGGUUGCUCUCUAGGUCGUUCUACUGACUGGCAGGGCGACAUUCGUAUGCUUACACCCCUUCAUGCCUACAUUCUCGUCCUGCGCUACGCUCUGUAGCACGAAGGCUCUUCCGGCUCGAACCAAGCCAAGGUAGACGCAGCCACCGCAGACCAGCUGAAACAGCUCGAGGAGGCUUUCAAGAAGGUGAGCUCGCAUGCGGGCAUGUUUUUCACCAUUUCCUUUAGCUCAUCACAACUGAUGCGCGCUCCUGCUCCAUCACUUUUAAGAAUCGCUCGGGUGUCGUUGACAAGCUGCUGGAGAGGGUUGUGGAGGUCGACCCUCAACCUCACCGUAACCUCAAGACAAGUUCAUGA